AUGCCAGCUCAAUGGUUACCAGCCACGCAGCCAGACCUUCGGAGACUAUCUGCUGAAGGAAAGAUGACCCAUACAGCUGGUGCAAAGUCAGGCAGCUGGCAAGACACCGGCACUCGCUGCAACUUGCCGACCAAGGCGCGACCCGCUGUGCUGGUGGCAUCGUUCUUUAGCGCCAUCUUCAUCUUUUACCUCAACUCCCUCGAAGGAAAGCUGUUACCAAGUUCGAGGUUUAAGAAUAGGCUUGUCUGUAACCCCACACGCUGCUGGAGUCGCACAUCCUCUUCACUGCCCCUCGACGACUCCGAGGUGAAAGAUGAGGGCUUUUGUCGAGCAAUGCUUGGCCAAACCAAGGCUUUCCACCUCCUUCCCAGUUCCGCACCUCUACCUGCUGCUCUUCCAUUGCUCGGUGUGCACGCGCAGCGGGUCGGUAAGGCAAAAGCUUCGAGAAUUUCACCGGCACCGCUGAUCACCCGCGCACUAGGCGAGGCCUCAAGUACUGGAAUCGAGAAGGCGGUUGAAGCCUUGAAUGGCGAGACCUCCACACGUGCCAUCUCCAAAAGCGCAGAGAGUCUGAACGGUCAACCAGCUGAAGGCGAGAAGGCUGCAAAGCCUCUCAUCAGCUACACACGCUCAGGUCACAAGAGUGUAGCUAGGGUGUGGCUGCACGAAGGGCCGUACGGAUGGAAGCGCAAGACACCGACCGGGUCCAAGAAUACCAUUCGUCGCGAUCAAAUCUACAAGGAAAAGUACGCCGGCGUUCCACGUCCAACCCGUUUCGGUCCUCGUUUGCCAGAGGGCAAGGUGUUGGGAAAGAUGCGUGAUACUCCAGAGGGCUCUAGAUCCACACGUUUUCGUGAUAAACGAAGAGCCACCUUGAUCUCGUUGAAUAUCGAUCCGAACCACCGAAGCCCGAGUGAGGCGAUCAUGGACAAGUUGAGGAGCAUGAACAAGUCUCCAAAGCGCGGCGACCUCUCCCACCCAGUCAAGCCGGUACCUCCGGUUGCGCCUUCCGGCAAACCAGGCCGACCACGAAAGACGCCGGAAGGGUCUUACAGAACCAGGCUGCGUGACAAACAGAUGCAGGCGGCAGAAGCCGGUCUAGAAUGGACGCCAGAACGCAAGGGAGCCAAGCGAAAGACACCGGGCGGUUCAAGAGUAACGCGAUGGAGAGAAAGGCAUGAAGCGCUGUUUGGGGCUCCACCGGCACGUAAGAAGCAGCAGUUGCGAAAGCCAUCCCAAGAUGGGCCAUCCGAAGCAAGGCCAGCCAAGAUGGUGGACGAUAGGUCAAGCACGCGCGCUGACGAAAUGGUCGUUGUUCCGCAACGACCGCGCAGUGCUCGUCUGGCCGCACAGCGAGCUCGGGCAACACAUCUACCUGAGCAGGCCGACCAGCCCUCGAAUCUGCAAUCGACCGCAUCUACCGGACAGGCAGGACAGGGCACCAGACGCGUACGUGACGCUGCAUCAAGUUCUAGUGAUGGCUCACCAUCCGCAACUAAGUCUCGCACACUUGGCGAUGUCUACAAAGAGGCCCAUCCGACCGAGCUUAGACCGUCGCCUAGCGACAGCACUCGCGGAACCAGCUCAGGUGAAGCCAAGACAUCUCUGUCGCCCCAAAGGAGUGCAAAGCCAGCGACACCGCCACGCCGAGUUCUUCCUGAUCUCAAUCUCCCUCCGCCUCCAGAGGAGCUCUUGAGGCGGGACGCCUCGAUGACGCACGACUCGGGCUGGUUAAAAGUCCGCACGACGAGCGGAAAUCUCAGCGCCAGAGUAUUACGCCGUCGGCUUCCUUCUGAAUUCGGCAGUGCCCGAAAGGCUAUGCAGGAGGUUGAAGAGGUCGUCGAUCUGACCAAAGCGCGGCCAACAACUGGCGCAAUCCGCCUAUCCGCCUCCGACUUGGCAAGGAAAACACCCGGCGACCUUCACUCGUCCAUACAUGGCUUCAGGAAGGGUGAAAUGCCAACGGAACUUCAGGCCUUGCUGGAUCAGAACACGCGUGAAUGGAACGAACUAGUUAGAAGUAGACGCACAGCUCAAGCAGCUGAGCAGCUUGGGCAGACUGCCGCCAAAUCGCCUUUGAUCAGUCCACAAUCAAGGCACUGGUCUCCAGCAUCGGAAGAGCACUCGCGCAACUCAGCGCCAAGCGCUUCUCCGGAUAUCUCUGCAAAAGAGCGCCGAGCUUAUAGCCCAUCCACGAGCUCUCAAUCUACCACGCCAACGACUUCGAGCUUUUCUGACCUAGGACCUCGACAGAGAUACAAGAAGCAACGUAGCCUGAGAGAGAUAGACGCGGGCGAAGUUACCAGCCCGCGCUUUCUGGCUCGUUCUGCCGAACUUUCUGCCAAGGUUGAGCAAACAAACCAAGAUAUUCGACACACUGCCGCCUUGGCGAGACCUCGUGAAACGUCAAAAGAGCCUUUUGUGCCGCAGGCAGAGAACCAGACGGCGCCACACAAGGUUGCGCUAAGGGUAAAUCAGAAUAUUUCACGGAGCAGGCCUCGCGGAAGGCCGAGGAAGCAUUCAGCGGAAGGCCAUGCAUUGUCUCACAAGAGCGAGCGAAGAGACUUGCACGCAAACCAACUCUCAACUUCGCAGACCAUCCUGAAGCGCGCAGGCGGUGAACUGCCCUUUGAGGUCUUGAAAGGUGGGAAACGCAUCUAUUCGCCUCAAGAGACGGCAGAGCUGCGCGAGUCUGCGCGUCUGUACGCUGUGAGAGAGGGCAUCGAUCUUAGUAACCACAAGAUACAAGUGAGUGUCUAGCUCUUGCUUUUGUGAGCAACAGAUUGCGGGCUCGGUGCUGAUCGGCUACUAUAUCCUGCCUCCAUGACGGUGUCUCUAGAUGCGUGAAGCUGUGCGCACAACACAACGCGACAUGUGGCCCCAUUACUGGGCCAGCAUCACUGGCCCAGAUGGUAAGACAGUACCAAGCAAGGCUGAGCGACACGCACUUUUCGGUCAAGCACUGCACAAGAUUCAUCACUCUCCCGAGAUGAAUCAAGAUCCCAAUUUUGCAUAUCAAAGAGCUGCCGCGAUAGCCGCUAGGAAGGCAGCGUUAGCUAAAGAAAAUGUCAAGACCGCAGUGAGGAGGGCACGACAGUAUGCGGGGCUUGGCUAUGCUCAACAUCUGAGGCUGAUUUCCACGCCAGAAGCCGCCCACAUGCUCGAAGCUUUCCGUCGACACAAGGAACAGGUUCGAGUAGCAUCUGGACAGCGCAUCAAUUCCUUUGAGGUGCGUUCAUGAGGACACACUGCCUAUCUAACGCAUGACUAAUGGAAGAUGUUUGGGCAUUGCGCAGGCUUCGACGCCUGUUCACCGAACGCCGACGGAGCCACGUUGGCACUUUCGUGGUAGGGCUUGGGACGAAAAGGGGCAGCCUUUGCCAAGCGAAGACGGAGGCGUGAGUACUUGACACCGAUCUUCUCACAACGAAAAACUAAGCUGAUUCUGGUCGUUGUGAUGGUCCUGCAGCAUGAGCACAAGGUUGUGUUGCCUGAGAAUACUACGUUCGGUUUGAAGGAUCGACACCGCCAGAACCCAAUCGACGAAGAUGUUGACUUCCACGUCCACCAGACCGGCCUCAGCAAAGAUCAGUGAGCAUCCCUCACACGCAUUGCAUCCGUUGCCUUUCUGCUUGACUGAAUUUUCCCUAUGCCCACGCCUACCUGCAGAGCCAAGAGUGCACUCAAGGCCAUCGCUCGCGCUCAGGGUCCACAUGAUGCUGCCACAGCUUAUAGACAGGUGAACCAGGGAACGGCAGCGCUCUCCCCCUUCGAAGCGAAGCAGGCGGGAGCGAAUAUCUUUGAGUCGUCUCGGGGUGGCGCUUUACCUGGUCGGUCUGCUAAACGGCUCGGACCUCAACACAGCCCCAUGCCAAGCUCCCGCAAACAGGCGCCCCCUCCAGAUCUCUUGAGUGCAACCGACAGUACUGCGGCAUUGACCGCACAUGUCGGAAAUGCAGCGCCGCUUCAUGACAGGACGAUGCUUUCCCGGCAGACUUCUAAUGUCGCUUCGAGCGCCUCUUCAUUGACACCGAGACCCAUAGCUAGCGCCCAUGAUGACGGCCUCCAACUUAGUCUUGGACCGUCCAGCUCCGGAUCCUCGGUCAAGAGGCCCGCUCCAGCCGCCGUCGAGGAACGUCCUGCAAAGAAACACGAAGUAGACACGGAGCUUCGCCUUGGACCCCCGGGUUCGUGA